AUGACGUAUGGAAUCACGGCCCAACCUCACGAUGCGCCGCUCCAUUUCCCCCCGAAGGAUGACCUCGCGCAUACGAAAUCCAUGAACGAGGUCAUACACAAUGCGAAGAAUGCGACGGAUAAGGAGCACAAGAUGACUUUGUUGCAGGGGAUCAAGCUCUAUCCCAAGGCGGUGGCGUGGAGUUUGUUGAUCUCGACUUGUAUCUGUAUGGAGGGUUAUGAUGUUUGUUUGUUGAGUAACUUUUACGCCUUCCCGCAAUUCAAUAAGAAGUACGGAGAGAUGCUCCCAGACGGUACAUACCAAGUCCCCGCAAGAUGGCAAGCAGGUCUCAGCAACGGUGCAAAUGUCGGAGAAAUCAUCGGUCUCUUCAUCAAUGGAUGGGUUUCGGAACGAUUCGGAUAUAGAUACACAGUCAUGACUUGCCUGACCCUCAUCAUCGGAUUCACAGCCAUCUUCUUCACAGCCCAGAGCGUAAUCGAUCUCCAGGUCGCCGAAAUCCUCUGCGGUAUCCCGUGGGGAGUCUUCCAGACCCUGACGAUUACAUAUGCUUCUGAAGUCUGUCCAGUCGCUCUCCGUGGAUACUUGACCACAUAUGUCAAUUUCUGCUGGGGUUUGGGACAAGUGAUUGGUAUUGGCGUUAUCAAGUCUCAAUUGGGUCGAACGGACGAGUGGGCGUACAGGAUUCCGUAUGCGCUGCAGUGGAUGUGGCCGGUUCCUCUUCUGAUUGGUGUAUUGCUUGCUCCUGAGUCUCCUUGGUGGCUUGUCCGAAAGGGGAGGACUGAGGAUGCGAAGAAGUCGCUUCUUCGUUUGACGAGUUUGAAUCGGGAGACGGACUUUGAUGCUGAUGAGACGAUUUCUAUGAUGGUUCAUACUACUGCUUUGGAAGAGAAGAUCACUAAAGGAGCAACCUACCUCGAUUGUUUCCGCGGAACAGACCGUCGUCGCACGGAAAUUGUCUGCAUGGUCUGGGCCAUUCAAAACCUGUCUGGAAACUCUUUCUCAGGUUACUCAACCUACUUCCUCGAACAAGCCGGUCUCCCGACAUCCACAUCCUACGAUUUCGCUCUCGGUCAAUACGGCAUCAACAUGGUCGGAGUCUUUGGAGCCUGGUUCCUCAUGUCCAUGGGCAUCGGUCGUCGCUCCCUCUACCUCUACGGCCUCUGCGGUCUCUGCACCAUGCUCUUCAUCCUCGGCUUCCUCGGUCUCGUCCCCCACGCCCACAAAAAAGAAGCCUCCCUCGCCACCGGCUCCAUAAUGCUCAUCUGGGCCAUGUUCUACCAACUCUCCGUCGGAACCGUCUGCUACUCCCUCGUCGCCGAACUCUCCACCCGCCGUCUCCAAAUCAAGACCGUGGUCCUGGGCCGCAAUCUCUACAACAUCGUCGGCAUCAUCUGCUCGGUUCUCACCCCCUAUAUGCUGAACCCGGGGUCCUGGAACUGGGGCAACUACACGGGCUUCUUCUGGGCGGCGAUCUGCUUUUGCUGUAUCAUCUAUACGUAUUUCCGGGUGCCGGAACCGCAGGGACGUAGUUUUGCGGAGCUGGAUCUGCUGUUUGAGAGGGGGGUGAGUGCGAGGAAGUUUGCGAGUACGGAUGUGGAUGUUUUUGGGGAGGAGGUUAGUGUUGAUGAUGGGGUGGUGGGCAGGUAUGAGGAGAAGUUGGAGGUUAGUCAUCAGGAGGUUGUUGGUGGUGGUGAGAAGAGAUGA